ACUGGUCGACGUUUGAGCAUUCAGCCUUAGAAGAGGAAAAUCCCUGAUUCUCUGUUGUGACCCUUGUUCUCUUGUAGAUAACAGCUCCACAUUAAGGCAGAAUGAGAGAGAAGCUGGCUGCCAUGUCGCGAUCGCUCUGCCCCGGCUCGCAGGCCGAGUCCAGCGACGACCUAAAGACACCGAAUGGCGGCGAAGAAAAGAUGCAAAUGAAGCGCGAGAUUUCCCUCCCCAAUGGCAUCUGCCUCAUCGUGGGCAACAUGAUUGGCUCUGGAAUCUUUGUCUCACCUAAAGGCGUCCUCAUGCACAGCGGCUCCUAUGGGCUAUCGCUAGUCAUCUGGGCUCUCGGCGGCAUCUUUUCCGUUUUCGGAGCACUGUGCUAUGCAGAGCUGGGAACCACAAUCACAAAAUCGGGCGCUAGUUACGCUUACAUCCUGGAGUCGUUUGGCGGUUUCCUAGCUUUUAUCAGGCUGUGGACGUCCAUCCUGCUCAUUGAGCCGGCCAGCCAGGCGGUCAUCUCGCUGACCUUCGCCAACUAUCUAGUGGAGGCGUGGUACCCCACCUGCCAGCCCCCCUACGACGCCAUCCGCCUCAUUGCUGCCGCCUGCAUCUGUAAGGGACCUGCCUCUGUGUUUUUACCACUAACAUUAAGUUACAAAUGAAGACUUUAUGGACCAGUUUCCCGGACAAAGAUUUAACCUAAUCCUGAACUAAAAAGCUAUUUGUCCGUGUCCCAGAAACCGUGGGUUUUAUCAAUUUCUAUUGGGGAUAACUAGGGUCUAGUAACAAUGACUAUUUUAGGUAAAGACUCAAAACAUUUCCAGAAUUGUUCUUUGAGAGGCUUCUGGUAGAGGUGUGUCUAUUCAUGUCUGUCUAAACGUGAUUGUGAAGAAUAUAAUUGACUUGGCUCUAUUUUUGGAAUGAAGGGUGUUUUGGAAAGUUAUUUUCUUUUUGUGUAAUGGUACUGUAUGUUUCUUUACUGGAAUAAGGCCAUAUUCAGAUAAACCACUCUCUUUAGUCACGCAAACACAUCCUCAACUCAAUGCCCAGUCAGAGCAUUAAAAUAGCCCUGCACCCACUUUGCUUUGUGCGGCUCCUCUUGGCCAUCUGAAAUUGGCACUGAGCUGGUAUUUAGGUUAGAGAGCAGCAAUGCCAUGAUUCAGCCACACUGUCCAGACUAGAGUUUCCCUCAGCCCAGAGACAUCUGCCACUAAUGCAAGAGAGGCUGACAGCCAGCAUGAAUCAACUACGAUCUGUGUCUGUGGUUCAUUAACCUAGUAACUACAGUGCUUGUCUGUGUAAAACAGGCCCCAUUAAAUGGUUAUCUCCUGGUCAGGACAUAUAAUUGGGCCCUAGA